AUGCUUCUCCUCAACAUAUUCUCCGUGGCAUUUGCUACCUCGACAGUCCAAGCACUACCUACGUUCGGCAAAUCCAGCGUUUUCGAGAAAAUUGCUGCUCCACCGGCAGGAUGGGCUUUGGAUGAGGAUGCCGUAUUCGACAAAGAUGUCUCGACGAUGAAGUUGAGAUUGCAUCUGGUGGCACAAAACAUGCCAAAGUUUCACAAGAUGGCCAUGGACAUUGCCACUCCUGGACAUGCUCUUUAUGGACGUCAUAUGGACCAAACAGUGAUCAAUUCAAUGAUCGCACCAAAAUCCCAAUCGCGUGACUUGGUUCUACAAUGGUUAGCCACUGCGGGCUUGACAAAUCAAACAAGCGUCUCAGCACGAGGUGACUCAGUCAUUGUGGAAGCAAGCAUCAGCCAAGUUGAGGAGCUUCUACAAGCAGAGUAUAGCGCUUACGUUCACACGGGAUUGCACGAAGGUGCCAUCCGAACUCUGAAAUACAGCCUUCCUGAUUCUUUGAAAGAUCAUGUUGACAUCGUUCAACCAACAACCUUCUUCGGUCUUCGAGCAAUGCGUUCCACGAUCAAGCAACAUGAAGAAUUCGACGAAAGUAUGCUCAACGUUGAUGGCACUGAAGCCGUGACAGGCUGCAGUGGUAGCACUAUCACCCCAACAUGUCUUGCCAAUCUUUACUCUUUCACUUCAGCUCCAGCUACAUUGACAAGCGGAUUGAUGGGUAUCGCCGGAUUCUUGAAGCAAUGGCCAUCCAAGAGUGAUUUGACCACCUUCAUGAACAGCUAUGCAUACUUUGCCAAUAAGGCUUAUUCAUACACCUGUACUCUUAUCAAUGGAGGAACGUGCCCAUCAAGUGGUAGUGGCUACCCAGGGAUCGAAGCCAAUCUUGAUGUACAAUAUGCCAGAGCUAUCACAUCGGAGAUCCCCAACAUCUAUUAUUCAACUGGUGGAUCCCCACCAAUUGUUGGCAGUGGUUCAAACACCAAUGAGCCCUACCUCGAAUUGCUCGACUCUCUCCUUGCUGCUACAACACUUCCAAACACUCUCUCCAUCUCUUACGGUGACGACGAGUCCACUGUUCCCUUGAGCUACGCUGAUGAAGUCUGCAAUCUCUUCUCUCAACUCGGUGCUCGUGGUGUAUCAAUCCUUGUCGCAUCUGGGGAUUCUGGUGUAGGUACUACUUGCACUAUCGAUGGAAGCACCAAGGGUUUCACCACCAGUUUCCCAGCUUCGUGCCCAUGGGUAACUGUUGUUGGCGGUACCACUGGUAAUAGUCCUGAGGCAGCAUGGACUGAUGGUGGCGGAGGAUUCUCCUCUGUUUUCGGACAACCUUCCUACCAAACCAGCGCAGUCAGCACAUGGCUCACAACCGACAGGACCCAUAACUCAGUAGUAAACUACUUCAACGCAUCCGGUCGUGCCUACCCUGACGUAGCCGCUCAGGCCACCAACUUCAUCAUCGUCGCUUCAGGCUUCGCCGAACUCGUCGACGGCACUUCCUGCGCAACUCCCACCUUCAGCUCCGUCAUCCAACUCGUCAACUCCAACCGCGUCGCAGCCGGUAAAGCCGGUCUGGGUUUCCUCAACCCCUGGUUAUACACUACGGCCAAAUCUGCUUUGACCGAUAUUACCAGCGGUAAGAUUACGGGAUGCAGUGGUGUCAUUAGCGGUGCUGGUUUCUCGGCCGUUAGUGGUUGGGAUCCGGCUACAGGGCUGGGUACCCCUAAUUACACUAAGUUGUUGGCGAUUAGUAAUUCUACUUGA